AUGGCAGCGGCAACAUUAGCAGAGAUGGAGAAGGCCGCGUGCUGUAUGAUUCAGGUCAUUAAGGACACACCCGACCUGAGGGCCACGAAACUGGCUAUUUCCGGAGACAUGGCCCUCCGGAAAUACCUGCCGGAAUAUGGGCACCAAAACGCAGGAGCAAGUCACCCCAGAGGCUUUGUGCAAAGCAUUGAUCUUAUUGUCAACUCGUCCACCUCGGCCAGCCUGCUGAGGAAGAAGCUGUUGCAGCACCCGAUGUCUCCGGUCGUCGAGUCAUCGCAGCUCCUGUACUACCAGACCACCUCACCGCCAACCUCACCGCCAGCGACUGCCUCAAAGCCAGGGCCUGCAUCGCCGGCAUCGGGCUUCGAGGUCCGCAUCACGCCCGAGAUGCUCUGCCCUUUCCUCCCCAGCGCAGCAAAGCCAGCCAGUGAGAUCCAGCCCACUCCCGAGCAGCUGCCCUACAUCUCGCUGGAGGACCUGAUCGUCUUCAAGAUGGACGCGUGCGGCCUGCGCGACUCGACCCAGAGCAAGCAGAACGAAGUGCGGCACGCGGCAGCACUACUCGAGCUGGCGACCGAGCACAGCGCCCUGUCGCUCAACGACGACCAGGCACGCAUGGUUGAGGAGAGCUUGGCCGACGUGCUCCGCCACGCCGCACCCGACAAGCAGUCCAAGGCGUGGUGGCAGUCCCGGCUGAACGGCACCUGCGACCCGGACGCGCGCAAGCCGGCAAAGGAGGUCCUCACCGACCUGCUCGAGAACAUGAGCCUGGACGAGGCGGCCAAGAAGUCGCCCUCCGAGGCCGGGCCGCGCGGCAUCCUCGGCCGGACGUCCAGCUCGAGCUCCAAGACGUCCCUCACCUCGCUGACCUCGGCGUCGUCGGCCAACUCGCCCAUGAGCCCGACCACGCCCUCCUUCCCGCCGCCGCACUCGCGCACCGCCUCCAAGGACCUCAACAUCCUGCCGCCGACCGGGCCCAUGAGGCCCAGGAAGUUCAGCACCUCCCAGAACAGCCCCGUCAAGAUGUCCCACUCCCGCAAGAAGAGCGUCGACCAGGGGAGGCCCGCCCGCCACAGCCAGAUCCUGGGCAGCCUGCCCAGCGGCAACAUCGCCCACAACACCCUCCUCGACGACGGCCUCCACGCUUCCCCCGGGCUGGCCCUGACCGCGAGGUUCGAGUCCACUCCUGAGGAUGGCAAGCUCGUCACCGGUUCAUACUUCUGA